AUGGAAAAUCACUGGAAUCGAGUGCUGUCAAUUAUCGUGUUGUUGGUGUGUCUUCCCAACGUUUGGGCUGAUCAUCCUGGAAAGCAUGAGGCUAUUAGGACCAGCAGUGGUCUAAUCCAAGGCCAUGCUGCCUCUCGCAAAAGAGAGGUCACUGAAUACCUUGGUAUUCCAUAUGCCUCUCCACCUAUUGGGAAGCUUCGGUUCGCCGUACCUGAAGCUUAUAAUCUCAAUGUCAACGACACAAUUCAGGCGAGCUCUUGGGGACCGAAUUGCCCUGGCACAUCUGGUGCAUUCAAUCCUUACCCACACGCCACUCCACAAGCCGCCAGAAUUCUAAAAAACUUUGCAAAUAAUCAUGGCAUAGACAAUGAAGACUGUUUAUAUCUAAAUGUGUGGACACGACCAUCGAAAUCGAUUCUGAAACCGGUUAUGCUGUGGAUUCAUGGUGGUCGAUUUGAAGUUGGUGGUUCCCAUAGCCCAUACUACGACGGCCAAGAAUUAGUUGCUGAGCAUGACGUGGUGAUAGUAACCAUCAACUACCGAAUGAACAUAUUUGGAUUCUCAGGAGCACCAGGUUUAACACAGAAUGUAGGACUGCUCGACCAAAGAAUGGCGAUUGAAUGGGUUCAUCGCAACAUUGCCGCCUUUGGUGGAGAUAAAAAUCGAAUCACUCUCUUCGGGGGAUCUGCGGGUGGUGCUUCAAUUGAUAUGUACUCAUAUGCUUAUGCACAUGAUCCCCUCGUGCAUGGCAUUAUUUGCCAGUCUGGCACGGCUCUAAGCUUUGUGCCUAAUACCGCCGAGCAGUCUGCUAGUUAUUUCAAUAGUGUUUCUUCCAUGCUUGACUGUGGAGAUGAUGGGGACCAGGCAGUUGAAUGUGUCCGUGGAAAGCCCUUUGAAAGCGUUCUCAACGCAUCAAACCAAGUUCCAUCUGCAUACUCGCCCGCACUGGAUCAGCCGCUAUUCCAACCAACGGUUGAUGGAGUGAUCGUGUUUGACAACUAUAUUAAUGCUUCAGCGACAGGAAGAUUCGCCAGGAUACCAUUGCUUGUAAACAGUAACAAGAACGAAGCAGGGUUCUACCGCAUAAUCGGAUACUCGUCGAACGUUUCUCUCACUGAUAAGCAGUGGCACGAGUUUAACCUUGCCGCUUUCAACUGUCCAAGUGCAGCUACAGUGAGAGAUCGAGUCAAUCAUCAAGUCCCGACAUGGCAGUCUCGGUAUUUUGGAGACUGGGCCAAUCUAAGACUCUACCCGACUAGUGGGACAUAUCACGGAGCUGAAGUGCCCCUAUUGUUUGGAAAUGCUGAAUUGAUUAGUGGAAUCAAUAAUACUGAUCAGGAAAACAAGUUCGCUCGCUACCUUUCAUCGGCUUGGGUGGCUUUUGCGACUGAUCCGAAGAAUGGAUUGAAAGCGUUUGGAUGGCCUCGAUACAAUCCCCAUAUUCACCUCCCACGUAUCGCCUCCCUCCUCACACGCCAUAACCUAACACGCUUCACGCGCCGCAUCCUCUGCGACGCGGAGCAGUCCGACUUCCAAACCCGAUUUAAAGAGACUCUCAACCUCCACUCUCUCAAUUACAUAUCCAAAACUACACCCUUCUCCGCCCGCCAACCACCAAUAACACCCGACAUGACGCGCUGGCUUGCAGGCCGAUUUGCCGCGAAGGAAGCUGCGCGCAAAGCCGCGCCGGGCGGAGCUGCGUCUAUUGGGUGGAAAGAUGUUAUGGUCAGAGUUCAAGACGUUGCGGACUCGACACAUGCUGAUGGGGUUAGUCGCCCGCCCGAAAUUGUCUAUUUGGGUCUAGGGGAUGGGACUGCGAGGGUUGGGCGGCUGUCUAUCUCGCAUGAUGGGGAGUAUGUUGUUGCGACUGUUUUAGCUGCUGGAUGA